UCCCUGGGCUCCGCCUCCUCCGGGCCGGGGCAGGGACCGGACGGACACAAAGCGAGCCGGUCGAGCGGCCCGCACCGACCGGCCAGGGUUUAGGAAGAAAGAAGCGGUGAUGCAGACCUGCAUUUGACCAGCCGGAGCUAAGGGGCAUUUCAGCCGCAAGUGGAAACAGCCUCCUGUGUGUGGAUCGUCAGGAGGAGGGGAAGGGGCGGCCCAGAAGCAAAGCCUGCGGUCUUGGCCAAGGACCAACACCCGCCCCAGACGAAGUCCUCCAGCGUGGGAGGCGGGUUGACCGCCCCCCCUGCCAUGUGAGAACGGGAGCUGUACCUCCAAACCUCCCCUUGAGAAGGAUUUCCGGACCCUACGUCGGGAUCAUCAGUAGGGGAGGGGGCGCCCGGUGCCCACCACACCAACAGAAUGGAUAAGUACGAUGACCUGGGCCUGGAGGCCAGCAAAUUCAUCGAGGACCUCAACAUGUAUGAGGCUUCCAAGGACGGGCUGUUCCGGGUUGACAAGGGUGCCGGCAACAAUCCCGAGUUUGAGGAAACCCGAAGGGUGUUCGCCACCAAAAUGGCCAAAAUCCACCUGCAGAAGCAGCAGGAGCUGCUGCAGGAGGAGCUCCCGUUGGCCGGCGGGGGGCCGCUGAAUGGAGGCGUCCGGUUGGGUCCCCAAGCUCACCAAGCCGGCCUUCCCGGCCCCCGAGAAGCCGUGGGCGGCGGCAAACACUACCUGGCUGACGGGGCCUCCAAACCCCCUCUGGCCUCCCUCGUCUCGGGAUCGGGGGUCCUGGCGGGAGGCUCUGCCAGUCAGCUGCCCGGUCCGAAUCCGCCACCCGUGCCCCAGGGGCAGCGGGCCAAGAUGUAUCUGGAAGGUCAGAAAAAGGCCAGCCAGGAGUAUGGCUGCGGGGACGGCCCCAGGAUCCCGGCAGUGUCGGGGUUUCACGGACUAGACUCCGGGGAGUUGGGCCGGGGCAGCACCGGUCCCGGCUUUCCCUGCCUCCCCCAUGGCAGUUACUAUGACAGCUACUUGCCACCCGGGUCAGAGUGGGGAGAAGAGCCAGGCCAGUUCACCGGUGUCAGGUCUGGCGAAGGGAGCUCAAGGCCCGGCCUGACUGCCUGCGACCAGCUGCAGAAGAUAUCCCCGGCUGAUCCCCACCUCUACCUCCCCCAGCCAACCUUGAACUCCUACCGUUCCUCAGAGAGCGGCUAUAGCAGCCUGGAAGGGGGCCAGCCCGGCCGGGGCUAUGACCCGAAGCCAGUCGAUCAGCGGUCAGCCUCCUUCUCCCACCUCCUGAACCCCAGUUUGCCUCCCACGGGGCCCGAGGCGGAGACCUCGGCUGGGCUGCCCCAGCAGAGGCCGUUGUCGUUCUCGGCCCCGGGAGCUCGAGGAGAUCCUCUGAGGACGAACCCUAGAGGAGAGAAGCAGACCUGUGUGGUCGUGGGCGAGCCCAACGGUGAGCCCCAGCUCUGGCUCCAGGGCAGCCCCGCGUCUUACAUUUCUAGCUCCGUCCCUGCCCCGCUGCCCUCGGGCAUCGACUGUGAGCCUCCCGGCGCUGCCUGUCUCAAACCCUUCGGCCCCCUGGGAGACCACGGCCAGAAUCACGGGCCCAGUUGCCUGAAUCCCAGCCCAAAUCCCGGUAGCUUCCCCUCCCCGAGGCCGACGGUUUCCGAUGCCCCGCCGUCGCCUUUUGGAGACGGUCCGCGGAGCAGCCCACCACCCGAGGGAGGCGACGGGAACAGACACCCAGAGAAUUCCAGCCCUUCCAAAGUAAAAUUACCCUGCCAGGCCUUCCAAGUGCCUUCAGAGCAAGGGCCCUCCGAAGUCGAAUUAAAAUUAGAAGCACUGACCCAGCGUCUGGAGCAGGAGAUGGAAGCCCAUCCCAAGGCAGAUUACUUCGGAGCGUGUGUGAAGUGUAACAAGGGUGUGUUUGGAGCUAACCAGGCUUGCCAGGCCAUGGGGAACCUCUACCACGAUGGCUGCUUCACCUGCGGAGCCUGCAGUCGCAAGCUGAGGGGCAAGGCCUUUUAUUUUGUCAACGGCAAGGUGUUCUGUGAAGAAGACUUCUUGUAUUCUGGUUUCCAGCAGUCAGCUGACCGAUGCUUUGUUUGUGGACAUUUGAUAAUGGAUAUGAUCCUACAAGCUUUAGGGAAGUCCUACCACCCAGGCUGCUUCCGCUGCAUCAUUUGUAACGAAUGUCUGGAUGGAGUGCCAUUCACGGUUGACUCGGAGAACAAGAUCUACUGCGUCAAAGAUUACCACAAGGUGUUAGCUCCCAAAUGUGCGGCAUGCGGACUUCCAAUCCUGCCAACUGAGGGCUCAGAUGAAACCAUUCGCGUUGUGUCUAUGGACAGAGACUACCACGUGGGAUGUUAUCACUGUGAGGAUUGUGGGAUGGAACUCAAUGAUGAAGACGGGCACCGGUGCUACCCCUUGGAAGACCAUCUGCUCUGUCACUCCUGUCACCUCAAGCAGAUCGAGAGAAGCCCCUCCGCCACAGGUGUACACCAACAGCACUACUAAGUCGAGAUUUACCAACACGAGGAUUUACAAGCUGUUGCGAGUCUCCCUUUCAGCUGCAAGGAAUGCGCCUGGGAGAGACAUGAGUUACUUCCCAGAGAUCUCUGGGGGAGGGUGUUUGUGUGUUAUUUUGACUGGAGAGGAGAAAUAUUUAUCUAGAAAGCUGAGCUGAGAGUACAGAUGGACUCAAACCGGAGCGGAAGGCAGGGCCAAGGUGUUUAAAGGGUCCCGGCUGCUUCGCCACGACUAGGCGCUGGGCACACAUGGCGAGACUCGAGUGCACUGUGCGACCUGGUGUGGGUAAGGAGAGCGCUACAGAACUGGGACCGGGCCAGCGGCCAAGCUGGUGGUGGACCAGGCUCCGCGGCCAAGCCUCCGCCCGGCCUCCUCGCCCCGGGCCCACCGUGCCACUGGGGAAUGAAGAGGACAAAAAAGGCAUCCAAACUAAAGCAAGCACCACCCUGACUCUUCUCCCAGUGCUCUCCUCCCCUCCCUGCCCGGUCUGGACCAUUCCCAGCCCACCACAAUGGUACAGUUCUUUCACAGAUGGGUUUCCCUACUCAUAAAGCGUUCAGAUUACUUGGGACACGGUAUCAUGGAAAGCAGAGCUUCACGUCAGGGAGAUCCUAAGAUGCAAAAACACAGUUAGUCAACCAAGACCUUCUUUUUGCUUGAAACACUUCUGCCUUCUGAGUGAUUUCUGAUGGGUGUCUUUUUCCAAACUCCCUGGAGUUGUGAUCAUCCUUUCAUUUUUUUUCUAUGUACAGAAUCUGAGUCAGAUCAUCUUACUGGCCCAGAAUUGAGAUUUUGUUGGAACUGUGAUCUGGAGCUAGGCAGGCCCUAAAUCUACAUCUACAAGUCCAGCAGAAAUUGCUUUGUAAAAUCAGUGUUGGAUUUUAAUGAAGCCCGCGAGACUCCCUUGGAUACGGGUUCAUCUUUCUAGAUCUUACGGGUGGGAGGCACCAAAGAAUUGGGCGUGCCCCUUCACAUCCUCUCCUCACAGUGGGCCUGGGUUUAUACAGAUCCCACCUUCUUUGUGGUUCAGUGUCCUCUGGCAGAAGAAAGUAGCAUCUCUGGCACUGGGCUCUGGGAAGGUGUGCCCAGGAAGCAAUGCUCAGAGACUGUAUGGAGCAUUAACUUUAUUUGGCUUUAUUAAUAAUAAUGAUAAUAGUAAUAAUAAUACUAAUAUUUGUGUGGUAUAUAAGGGCUGCCUGGGAUAGAUACAGAGUAACCAGAUCAAACAUAGUCCCCGCCCCAGUGGGGUUCACAAUAUAGGCAGGAGGGGGAGCAAAUAUUGAAUCUCCAUAUUACAGAUGAGGAAAUGGAGGCACAGAGAGGUCAAGUGACUUGCCCGAGCAGGUAAGUGGUGGAGUCAGGAUUAGAACCCAGGUCCUGUGCUUCCCAGGCCCAACUUCUUUCCACUAGGCCAUGCUGCUUCCCUAAUAAUUGAACUGGGAGGAUACAGACCAAUUGAGGUCACAAGGCCCUUAUGCAUUUGCAGAGGUGUCCUUCUUUCUCUGUGUUUGUGGAUUUUAAAUAAAAAUGGGCAGUUUUGCCUGAAUUUGGGUCCCUAGGCCUUGCUGUGGGGAAUUUUUAAAUCAGGGAAGUUACUGCUGAUUCAAAGAGAUGUUGCUUUCUUAACACUUUGAGGAUCUCAGCAGAAAAUAUACUUCUUUUUACUAUUUCCACCUGCAAACCAGGAAUUUUUUUUUGUUUCUUCACUAGCAUAGUUUACCAUAUUGAAUAUUAGUACUGGCUAAGGCUGGUUACAUCAUUCAUUCAAUAGUAUUUAUUGAGCGCUUACUAUGUGCAGAGCACUGUACUAAAUGCUUGGAAUGUACAAUAGGCAACAGAUAGAGAUAAUCCCUGCCCAAUGACGGGCUAACGACUCUCUCCAUCUCUCCAACCCAUCCUUCAACACAACAGGCACCAUUGGGCUAGCCCUCUAGACUGUAAACUCAUUGUGGGCAGGGAAUGUGUCUGUUAUAUUCUUGUACUCUCCCAAGUGCUUAGUAGAGUGCUCUGCACACAGUAAACGCUCAAUAAAUAUGGUUGAUUGAUCUAUUGCCCUGCUUUGUCAUACACAAGCAGGACUCCAGUCGGUCAAGACAGUGGAAUCUAAACUGAAGUCCAGUUGGAAUGUUUGAUGAUUUAAAGUUUGUUUUUCAUCCCCUAACGCCCUUGAGUAGCAAAGUCUGAGAAUCCAUCCAAAAGUGACCCCCUCGCAGAGCCAUCUCUGCACCAGGUGUGUCUCUUGCCCGUCAGUGGCAUCACGGUCCCCUUCCCCUCCUUUCCGCAGAUACUUCAGGGCAAGAAACAAAAAAGCUGUGUCAAGUCCCCGUCCUGUUCUGCUGCCUCCUGAAGUGAAAAACAGAUCCUGGUUUUAAUUAUACCCCCGAUCUUCUUUCUCCAACAUACUGUCAGUCAGUGUUGGGGGAGGGGGAAUGAUUUGAUAGAAGGGCUUAUCUAGCAUUUUGAAUUAUGCAAAUAGCUGUCCUUUCGGACCAGCACUUCAAGGAGAAAAGUUGAAAAUCAAGCGUGGGCUGGUCAGAUUGAGAAGAGACUAGAACACACUUAUGGAAACCUUUGGAGUGGGGCUGGGGAAACACAAGCCCUUCUUACCUGUGUUAAUUUUCCCCAGCCUAGGCCACUCGUGCUAGAUCCGGGCUCGACACACAGCCGAGACCUUCUCUGAGAUGAUCGGAACGCAUACUUUGGUUCCCAUUUUGGUGUGUAUUAAAAUUCACAGUCGGAACGAGCCUCAUUUGGUUCAGGCUGGUUUACGUGGCUGGUACUAGGAUGGCUGGCUGCCCCUCCUGGUUAACCAAAGGGGCAUUAGCCGUAAGGAAGGGUCUCCUACCCGCCCACUCCAGCUCCAGGUGCCAGCGCCCUUUUGAGCCAGGCCUAGAUGACCCAGCUUUGGGCAGCAGUUGGAAGGAAGAACAACCUUGAGCAAUUACUCGUUUAAAAUCUGCCAGUGGAAAUAUUACCGAGGAGAGGCCUGAGGAUACAAGGAAGGCCACUUUUCCUUCUCCCCUAGCACAGGCUCGGACACUGGGUGGUGCCAAAACGCCUCUUUAUUUUCUGGGAGGAACAAGGUGAAAUGUUCAGACAACCUUUGGGGUUGUGUUUUCUGGGUUGCCACUCUCGUUCAUGUUACCCUGAAGAAGAUUUUGGGGUGAAGCUGCACAGCCACCUGUCUCUAAAUCUAUGAAGGGUUCAAUUUCUUCAUUAGACCCACCUCUGGGCUCUUGAAAACUAGCCACAGAAGACCCGAACACGUUGUAAUUUUAAAAUUCUAUAAAUUAUUAGGCAGGAACCAAGCCUGGGGUCUGGCAAGAAGACAAACAAUUGGUAGUAGGAUUGAUUUAUAUUUUAAAAGUCUAAAGUAAAUGGAACUUUCUGUCUCCUCUAACUGCUUUGGCAGUUAUAUGGGCUGAAGCCUCUUUAAACUGGUGGGUGGGUAAUCCUUGCCUUUGGAAAAACAGUCAUUCUUUCUCAUCUUGCUUGGCAGUCGCCGGUCCUUCUUCAACUCCGCACUGCUUAUUUUCUAGCUAAGGCCAUUUUGGGGUGGUAAUGCUAAAACCAAUUAGCAUUAAUAGGUUGGAUUCUGGUUUAUUGCUUCGUAUCAAGAAUGGUCUCUCUGCUGCUUAUCAGAGCCUGGAAAUGUCAUGCUGAUAAGAAAGUAAAUAUUGGGCAUUCAGUUCAGUGCAAGUCAACCACAGUUUGGGUAGCGGCAGGUCGGAAAAUGUUUGUUAACAUUUAAUUGGAAGUGUAGUGUUCAGGAUUGUUGGUUUAAUAAAGAGUGGCGGUUUAUGGAUCUUCAUCGAUCAACACACUUAGUGACCGUCUCUCGUCAGAGGAAUGAAAAUUUAAGGGUGUCAUUAAAAAGGAUACCUUUUUCAUUUGAAACCUGGAAAAGAAUUUUCUCAUCCCAUAAACAAGUUGGACUUGAGAUUUUCCACCCAUUUAAACUAACUGGAUUCACAAUAUCUGCCAGGAUCCUGCCGAGCACAAACCCAAAGAGAGAGAUGGCCUUGCUAAAGAUGCAGUCUUUUAUCGGCGAAUAAAUCCUUUGUCAUCACAUUUCUGGGGGCAGAGACAAAUUCCUGAUUGUGCCACCAUUUCUAAACACAAGGUCACUUUCUAGGAGAAGUAAUUUUUAUGGAAGAGAUCGAAUCUAAAAAAUAAAUGGUAUACCUGUCAUGCUGAGCCCUAACUUGUCAGAAACGGGGAAAGAAUUUCUACACUAAGUGCGGGGAACUUUUUCAGUAUGGCUCUUCAUUGUCCAACUAGCAUAAGAGUUAUUCGGACGUUAUGAAGAAGUGUCACUCUACAUCAUGGGAGUAGCAUUGGAAUCAAUUCAACUGUUUCCCCCUCAUAUGGGGAGGAUGAGCCAAAACCUUUUUGUAAUCCAACUCGGGUUUCUCUCAAAGUCUGUGAGCUGUGAGGAAUGGAUUUCAAAUUCUGGGGUUUCCACGUACAUUCUGCCGGUGAAAUUUAGCGUUGCCCAACCUCUUUGUUUUUAAGGUGAGCUUUUCAAAUUCUCAGGCAUGGUGACUGUAGCAAAACCUGUAAAUCCUAAGAGGGUUUCUCCCAUUUCUCUUCCUUCCAUCACCUCUUUGGGAAAUUUUGAGCCCGAGCAGUGCGAGGAGUUGGCGUGUUACCUUCCAAUUAAUCCACCUGUCUUCUGCUGCUGCUUCUUUAGGGGUGGUCAGAGCCCCCCACCCCAAUGUUUCUGAAACCUGCAGUGUCUGCUGGGGGCAAUAGGGUCACAUGCUGACCAUUAGUAGCCUAUCCCAAAGGCCGCCUUGUUCUAAAGACCUGAAUAUUGCAAGAUCUGAGCCUGUGCCUGUUGGAGUCCAGCACAGUCAUGCCAAGAGGUCCCUGAGGAAAUGCUGGGGGUGAAUGUCAGACCUCUGGCACCCCCUCUUUUAUGACAACAGUCAGCCCUCAGAUUUUUCAAGAACUUGUUUACAUUUCUCUGUUGGCCUGGUGCUUGGUGCCAGAACCCAAAAGUAACUCUUCUGGAGUCCUUGGAAUUUAUAUUUCCUCUUCACAGCAACCAGAGCUACAGAUGCAGCCGGUCUGCCGCUUGUAUAAGUUUCCCUUUUUUAAAAUCUAACAGGCAAAGCUGGAACAGCCUGCAAAUCUGAAUGGUACUAGUUCUUUUGUUUCUUAAGAUUUUAAGCCCGGAAAAAAGCUUAUUUAGUACUUCUAGAGCCAUAACUCAACUCAGCAACUCCUGGAUGCAACCUUUCUUAUAGUUAACUGUUAUUAAGUAUUUAUGAUAAAAGAGCCAUAGCAAUGGGAAACCUAGCCCUAUCCUGAGUUCUGUGAUUAAAUAAAUACAAGUGAGUGAA